ACUCCGCCAGGAGAAAGGCGCAUUCUGAGGAGAGUCUGCACACCUGUGAAGCUCAAGAUGGUCCUGAGUGGGGCAUUGUGCUUCCGAAUGAAGGAUGCGGCACUGAAGGUGCUUUAUCUGCACAAUAACCAGCUCCUAGCCGGCGGGCUGCAAGCAGGGAAGGUCAUAAAAGGUGAGGAGAUCAGCGUGGUCCCCAACCGGUCUCUGGAUGCCAAGCUUUCUCCAGUCAUCCUGGGCGUCCAGGGCGGGAGCCAGUGCCUGUCGUGUGGGACGGGGCAGGAACCGACUCUGAAACUAGAGCCGGUGAGCGUCAUGGAGAUUUACCACGGUGCUGCGGAGUCUAAGAGCUUCACCUUCUACCGGCGGGACACGGGGCUCACCUCCAGCUUCGAGUCAGCUGCCUACCCAGGCUGGUUUCUCUGCACUGUGCUCGAAGCGGACCAGCCUGUCCAGCUCACCCAGCUCCCGAAGGAUGCCAGCUGGGACGACCCCAUCACCGACUUCUACUUCCAGCAGUGCGACUAGGGCACUGUGCCCCCAGGGCUCCCAGGGCCAGGCCAGCUCGGGCAGGGGCGGGAGGUGACCACCCCACCUUCGCUCACGGGGCUGCACCUGGGAUGCACCGGGUACAUGGCCGCUCUUCCCCCACCUAUUUCCCUAGUUUAGGUAAAUCCUGCUGAGAUCUGGGGCUUAGUCCAACAUUUGCUUCCCUGAUAAACGGCACUACUGGGGUAAAACCUGGCAAAAACCAUAUGAGAUAACCCCCUAAGGGGUCAGGGCUGGGGGAGAGGUGGAAAUCCUUCAUACUUUGUGGUAACUGCCCCGUGGCCCUGAGCACCCCAGGCCAGCUCAUCCCCAGUUUCACCUAUGAAGGCUCAGCUGCCCGCAUGAUGUCCCCACUGUGUGUGAGAGGGACAGUGGCCAUAGUGUUAAGGCCAACACCCAGCCUCCUCUCCCUUCUCUCUAAUUCAGCUGCCGCCAUACGCUGCCUCUUCCAUCUCUACCCUCCUGCUCUGGCCGUGGGCAGGAGAGGCUGGAGGUGUCCAAGGAAAUGGCUUGAGCUCAGAAGACCUAAGAUAGACAUGCCACACUUUUUGAAACCCGAGGUACAAU